AAAUAACAUCAUGACAGAGUUAGGGUUUUCAUUUCUCUCAGCCGUUUCCUAGCGUCAGAGCUCCAUCCAAGCUACCGGAAUUUUCCAUUGUAGAUCUCUCAAAAUGUAUACCUCAAGGAAGAAGAUCCAGAAGGACAAGGAUGUUGAACCCACCGAAUUUGAAGAGUCUGUUGCUCAGGCAUUGUUCGACUUGGAGAAUGCAAACCAGGACCUUAAGAGUGACUUGAAGGACCUUUAUAUCAACAGUGCCACCCAAAUUGAUAUCUCUGGAAACCGAAAGGCUGUAGUGAUCCAUGUUCCUUACAGAUUGAGGAAAGCUUUCCGCAAGAUUCAUCUUAAGCUUGUUAGGGAGCUUGAGAAGAAGUUUAGCGGAAAGGAUGUGGUUCUUAUUGCAACCAGAAGGAUGGUGCCGCCACCAAAGAAAGGUUCAGCAGCUCAGAGACCUCGUUCUCGUACUCUAACUGCUGUUCAUGAUGCGAUGCUCGAGGAUAUCGUGCAUCCUGCUGAGAUUGUAGGAAAACGCAUCAGAUACAGAAUCGAUGGCUCCAAAAUCAUCAAGAUUUACUUGGACCCCAAGGCAAGAAACGACACGGAAUACAAGCUGGAGACUUAUGCUGGGGUUUACAGGAAGCUUUGCGGCAAAGAUGUCGUCUUUGAGUACCCGAUAACCGAUGCGUAAACGACAUGGUGCCAGGAAUUUGUCAUAUGGUUGUUUCAUUUUUGGUGUCAUUUUAUAUGUAGCUUUAUGGUGCGUCUGAAAUAUGACCUUAAUAGACUCAGAUCAUCAUCUCAUUUUCUUUGUAGGAAAAACCAAGAAUGUUGAUUGAAAGUUUUAUAUUUAAUUUGCCUUCCAUUGUUUGGGUUUUUAAAA